CGUGUAUGGAAGCGGCGUGUGUGUAUUAUUAAAUACAGUGGAGUUAUAUACAGCAGCGGCAGCAUUCACUUGAACGUACAGUGUCGAACAACCAGUCGUGAAUUGUCGGUGUGAGAUGAGUCGUGAACAAUAACAUCGUACAGGCGGUUGUGAAACUCGAUGAAUAGCGAAGAUUUGAUCAUCCGUGUCGACGAUUUCAUCUUGUGACGUGCGUGUUAUAUUCCCGAGUGAAGAUGAAUUUAUUGCCAUCACGAUAAACGUGCAGUUAAAUAUCGCGAGUGAAGUUCUCAUUGUUAUAUCGUGAAAAUAUUUCAUCAAAUUGUGCUCAGUGCGAUAUCGAAUGAUCUCUGGAUUAAUUAUUCCUACGGAUUUACCUAGUGGAGCAUAGAAAACAAAACAGACGACGGCGAGGAUCCUUGAUGGCCGGAAUAGAAGAAUAUGAAAUCAGAUAGUUGAUCUGAUACAAGAUGUGAAUCCUUGCGAAAGAAAAUAAAAGAAAAGCCACGAUGAGCGAAGAAGUUGUAUUCAAGGCGUUGUCUUCAGGGAACAGUGGCGCGACUCCCCAUCCUGAUGGCGACGGCCACCCCCCGGUGAUCAAUGCGCAACCGCGAUUCGGACGUUCGAAAAUAUUGGCCAGAGAAGAAUUGAUGUACGCGAACCAUCAAACUCCUCAGCAACAAUAUCAGUUGCGAACAAACUCUGGUCCGGGUUACCGUGGUCCAUUGCACAAAAAUAUUGGAACCCAGAGCUCCGUUCCGGUAGAAAAAUUGAGUCAGGAGUAUCCUCAAAAUAGUGUUCGUCGAACGAGCGCUGCUGGGCCGAGGCGACUCCUAGCCAAAGAUCAAAGUGCCAUUGAGGAUGACAGUCCCCUUCAACGCUACGAGAACGCAUUGUCUCGGUACCGAAAAACAGCAUUGGGAGGUGCGAGUGGUUCGCGUAAGGAACGCCGGGAAGCUCUGCAGAACAUCGGCAACAACGGAUACUCGAGCAGUGAUGAAUCGGAAGGGGCGAUUUCUCGAUACCACAAAUCCAAGAGCACGAGUUCCAUAGACACACAGUCGGUGAACAAUAUACUGGACGAGUACGAAGAUCUCGAUUACGGAAGGUCCUCCGAUCUGAGCGAUUCUGGCAGCAUAAGCGUGACCAACUUCGAGGUCGUUAUGGAUCAACGAAAGCGACAACAACAGCAACAACAGCACACCCAGCUGGAAAGGUCCAAAGAGACGGUCGCUAGAGAGGAGGACGUCUGCAAGGAACGCGAAGGACAGCCGCAUCACGAUCAACGGGCGAAAAACAUGAGCGAGAAACUCGAUCCAAUCUUCAAGGUUAAUCAGCAGACUCAAGUUCGUCAGAGGUCACGAGACAGACAAAGUAACCCUGCCAGUAGCGUUAAUACGACGAAGGAGAGCGGCAACAAGCUGCUCAACUCUGGGAACGAGGACCACGCGAGAGGAUCGAAACAAGAUGCCACUUCCGGGGUGACGAGCGAGAACCGAUGCGCCAUGGAGAAUCUCACGGUAAUGAAGCAACCGCCAGAAGUUUUAUUGCGCAAGGGUGAGGUACAAAAACGCGUUGACGAAUGGCUCAAUCAAACCCAAGCCCAAAACUUCGCAGGUGCCAACAGUGGCAAACGUGACUCCGGGAGACCCGCCGUUGCUUUGGUGAGAUCGAGCAGCAGUGCCGAGUCGAAGAAUCUACGAAGGUCUAGAAACGAUGCAAGAUCUAGAUCGACCGAUGAGAAUGGCAGUGACAAGCUGAACGGUACAGCCAGCUACGAUGACAUCAAUCGCACCGAGGUCGUGCGCUCCGAACGUAAACUCGAAAGACCAAAGAACGUUGCAACCAUCAACGCUAGUAGAGGAACUUACAAAGAUUAUCUGGCAGGUCGGAACAGAUCAAGACAUCCGACCGAUUACGGAUUCGUCGGACACGGAAGUAACGCCAGGCCCGGUGAGUCAAUUUCCGGAAAUUCUAAAAUACCUCAGAGGGGUCCAGCUAGCGUCAGGAGACGCGAAGUUUCGAGCGACCGUAAUACGACGACGGCGAACGAAACAAUGAACGUGACAGUCCCUUCAGCCGCGGUCACGUUGCAGCAUGAAAAGAAUUCGUUACAGUGCUCGAGAUUCGGUGCUGUUGAAGCGAGAAAUACGAGCGGUGGUUUUGGCAAGACGAGAACGGAGCAAGCAUCGUGCAACGGUGGAACGACAGUCUCGCCAGGGAUCUUGGCGAAUGGACGCGCGGCUUCUUUCAAGCGUGCUCGAAGCCAAGAACGGAACAACGCGAUAGCCUCCGGCCGUAAUACCGGUGCGCUGCUUAAGGAAGAUCAGCAAUCCACCACGGGCAAUUCAAGAACGAGAAGUGGCUCGCACCACCACCAACACCACAACCAGCUCGUAUCAAAGGGCCAACUCUCUAGAGCGGAUCAGCAGCAAAAGCAGCAGAACAACGUGACCUCGCCAAAUAAGGUCGGAGAAAGUAGGCGCUUGCUCGUUGCCAGUCGAGAGCCACGAGUGCACGGAGAUCCGACCGAGCAAGUUUGUAAAUCCGCUGAAGAAUCGAUCAACUCGACGCACCAACAACCCGAGUUCUUAGAGACCAUUGAAAAGCAGCGAGAUAUCCUCCAGACGCAAGAGACAAAUAUUGCUAAAUGUCCAUUAAGCUGCAGAUCAGGUACCGAAGGCACGAAGGACUUGGUGCCAAAUUCUGGUGACUCGAUGACUGAGAAUUCCACCUUCAAUACCGGACUGCCUGGUAUCCGUGGCCGCGGCGACUCGAAAACACCGAAAUCGAAGUUUCUUCAGGGAAAUUCAGCUGGGAUCGAGCCUCGAAGGCCUCCAGCUCCUCCGAGGAGGGACCAAAGUAGGCGCGAUAGGACAGAAGAAGCCCCGACCGACGAACGUCAAGUGACGGAUGAGCCUUGCUCCAGUUUCAGGCCAAGCAAAAGAAUUUUUUCGCCUCAUCACCAGUUCAAUGAACACACCACUUUUUCUACUAAUUCCGACAAUCGAGGAGCCACUUGCGAGUCGUCCAAGUCUCAUUACGCCUCGCCAAAGCAGGUUGAAAAGAUUUACGAGAGAACCCUUCAACCUCAAGUUAUUCAUUCUAACGACCUUGAAUCAGUUUUGAAACCGGUGGUUCGAGCCUCGGCUUACGGGGAGAGCGGUGAAAAUGACACGACGAAAAUCAUCAAAGAACAACCAUGGUUAACCGAUAACACGAUGUUCGAUGGGACCCUCGACGAUUUCCACGACAGACUAGGCAACGAAAAUAAAAUGAUCGAAAGCCCGAAAACUACGAGAUUCCCAGAAAUUGGUUUGGACCAAUGUUUAAUGGUGCAACGCAGGAAUCCAAGCACAAAAAGUACGAGCAAGGAUUCGUCCUUGGAAAAGAGAGGGAUGCCGACGAUACACACGAAAUGUUGGGAUCAAGACUCCAUAGUUGAACCUGCCAAGACCUUUGGAACCUUUCAACCCACCAACUCGACACAGGCUUCCAGCCAUUUGGACGAGCGAAUAGAAAAGAUCGACGCGCCUGCGUACAACCCGGACAUGCACGAAGGUAUGAUUCUGGAGGUCACCACAGAACCGACUUAUCAAGAACCAGAUCUCAUCCCAAAGCUCAAAGUAUCUUUGAUCGAUAGUUAUGAGGCUCGGAGCACGCUACGGUUGGACAGAAAUUUGACGAGUGGCAGUGCAAAAUAUCCAGAAGCACAAACUCAAAAUCAAGGAGAUCCACAUCGCGACAGCGCAGGGCCCAGGAUCUCACCGUGGCCGCAAGAGCCGAAAAUUUCUGGGGCAGAAGAAAAGAAGUCGGUUGCUCAAGACAGCGAUGGCAGUGAACUGAGGCCAAUAGUGAAUGAAGUUUUAGUGAAAAAUCUUCGGUUUCAGCAAGAUUUGCCAAAACCAGAUUUCCAGAAUGUCUUUAGAUCACCAAAGCCAUUCAACUUCAAUAGCGUACUGAGUGACGACUAUGACAAAAUUCAUGCCGAUGACUGUGCCGCGAAAGAGAAAGAAGAGUGUAAAAUUUAUGUGACCAAAGAAGAAAUGGAGAGGCAGAGAUUAAUGGAUUUGCUGAAGCGGGGAGAUUUCGAGUCGGUUAAACUGGAAUUGGAGAGAAGUUACACGCUGUCGACGCCAGGCGGAGGGAGUCCAGUAUGCUGUCCACCUUGUAGUCCACCUCCGGCACCAGCGGCUUACAUAUCCAGCGUGCGAGCGUCGUCAAGACGGCUCCCAACGGGGAAUGGACUCAGUCCAACUUCUCCCGACAGAGAUCCUCUAGCGAAACUACUAAGAUAUCUGAAGACUUUCUACAGAGAACUCGGUACGAGGGACCCUCGACACCUACCACCAUGGGCAUCGCCAUUACCUUUGGGAACUCUGUGCCCAGCUCACUUCCAGCCUCAUCUUCAACUGGUUCACAAAAGCGAGCAGGAACAUCGAUUGGAAAACAUAAAAAUCGAUCAGAUAUUCGCCCUCGUUCGCUUGAGCGACGGAACGAUAUCGGAAGCACCAAGGCGUGUAGCAGUCGAAGGGGGUCCAGGAAGUGGAAAAACAACGCUGUGUUUGCGUCUUCUGCAUCACUGGGCGACCCAGGGUGACGGGCCUGCUCUGGCGUUCCUGGUUCCUUUACGAGAGUUGCGAGGCAGUCCACUGUUGAACUAUCUAGCGCGUGAGCUUUUUCCAAGAACAUCCGCUCUCGGUGAUGCGGUUGCGCAGGUCUGGCGAACGCUUCACCUCAUGGAGGAUCGAGUGUUGUUUGUUCUCGAUGGUUACGACGAGUGUCUCGGAGGCAGAGCAUCGCUGGGAGAUGCGGCGGAUCUGUUGGAGGGUCGUUUGUUUCCGGAUGCGCGAAUUCUGGUAACGUGUUCACCCAGCAAUUCGUCGACACUUUCACCGCUCGUGCAACGAAGAAUCCAUUUGGCUGGCUUGGAGUGGCCCCACGUUGAACGACUCUGCGUAGCUUAUUUCAUUCACAACGACCUCGCUGAGAAAGCCUGCGAAUUCCUUGAGGCGUUGAACGUUCAAUCGACCCCUGUUAAACAUCUGGUCCAGCAUCCACUCGGCUGGGUCAUGUUGUGCGCGCUCUAUCAAGACUCCGGUAGCUUGCCGAGCGAAUCGAGCGCCCUGGUUCAGGCAGCUAUCAAGUGCAUCGUUCGGCGGAGCCUCGACAGGCCUGUACCUCACGACGAGGAGAUACCAGGCCAUUGUCGAAAGAGGCUCGAAGACUUUGGAAAGUUGGCGUUAUCCGCGCUACGCGAAGGAAGGUGUUGUUACACGGAAGCUGAACUUCGGGCCCGAGGCGGUGGCAUCGAAGUCACGAGGUUGGGAUUCCUCUCGCGUGGAUUGAACUUCGGACAACGACGCAAAGCCGAUUUGUACACUCCCAUUCACAUGGCGGUAGCUGAAUUCCUGGCCGCUUACUAUCUCACAUCCGUUGCGCAAUAUUCCAACAUCCUGAGGCGCGAACUCGAAGGCCUUCCUUCCGGUAUUAUCGGACAUCUGGCCGGUCUCCUAGGACCCAAAACUCAUCUCAUAUUGAAUCAAUUAAGCCCUCUCGAAGUACCACCGAGGACGGUUUUCUCACUGCUCAAAGCAGCCGGUCCAUCCGACGGGAAUAUAUCUGCGGUUUGUCGACUCGUUGGCGCUGGUCCUGGAUUUGGACCUGCACCGAACGACCGACCUCCCGCACCUCUCGUCCAAACGUCCCCUCUCGAGCUCGAAGGAUGGACGAGAAUCCUCGAGAGCUCCGCCUGCACCCUCGAAGCUCUGGAGGUCGUAUUCCAAGUUGAACGCGGCUCCGAUCCCUCUUACCUCAAUGAUUUCUUCGAGGCACUAGCUGCCAAUGAAAGUGUCAAACUUGUUAGAAUUACGUCACUCCUUGGACAAGACUUUGCAGCUGAUGAAGCUCAGAGAUUGGCCGCCCAUCUCAAAUCCGUUCUCAGCAAAAAAAGACUCAACGACUUUGAACUCGUCAUCACUUGCCUUGAAGAAUCUGCUCACGACAGAUUAGAAUGCGUGGUGAAUGCCCUGUGCCGGGGGCUUAGUCACGCAUCGAAUAAUUUGGCACGUCUGGUUCUCGACAUGAACCUUUCCGGCGAGCAAGUUUCACGCGUCUGCGAGGCUCUUCGAGAUUGCGUUCAAGUUCAGGCCUUACAUUUGCCCCAUUUAAGCUGCGGCUGCGAAGGACUCGCCUCGGUGGCUGAACUACUUAAGGAGCGACCUCUGCUAGCCCUCAAUCUCGCCGGAAGCUGGGGCGCCAAAAACGAGGAUCCUUCGAGCUCCGGAAUUAGUAUGGGCUCAGGUUCAGGGUCUGGAAGCAGCGGAUGUGCUUCGAGCAAUCUUGGUACUUUGCCACUGAAUCGUUGCUAUUCGUCACUGCCGCGGGGUGCUCUUGCGGCCUACGGUAGUAUGACAAGGCCAGCGACCCUUCCACGAUUACCACUUGGCCUAGGGAUCGGUCCCAGUCCUGGCAACGGGAAUGCCCUACCGACGAACGAUCGAGAUCGCGAAAGCAACGGUAGCAGUAAGCGGAAUAGCGACAGCGUUCUGUGUCAUAGACUACCGCUUAUGCAUCCGCUCCCAACUUGUGACGUAACGAGUCAUCAGGGCACCGGAUUCCACGAAAUCUUCAACGCCAUAAGAGAACCGAACUGCAAGCUCAGAUCGUUGAACGUCUCCAAGUGUUUGCAAGGUGGUUUGGACGCUGGUUGUCUCGGAGAAACGAUAAGACGCGCCCGCUACUUGGACGCGCUCAGAGCUUCCGGAGCUUCGAGGCCAGCCGACGUAAUGCCACUUGUUCUCGCACUCACCGAAGCACCUUGUCUCCAACUCCUCGAUCUUGCUAGCCCUCGAUUAGCACUCGACGAUCAUCCCUCGAGACUUCUUUGCCACGCACUCGCGAGAAAUGGAACACUCCGGCUUCUCAGCCUCGAGGGCUGGACUUUCAGGAUAGAGGAGUCCGAUAGUUUGGCAGUCUUCUCAGAAUUACUGAUGUGCACGAGCGUCAGGGAAUUGAGCCUGUGCAAUGCACGUCUGCAUCUCGCCGUUCACGAGGGUCCACUCUCCCGAUUAGGUCGACGAGACGACGCCGGCGCUGAACUCUUAAGGGCUGCGCCACCCCCCGCUUGUCCCACAAUCGUGUUCCUCAGGCUGGCAGGUUUUCAAGUGACUGUCAAUGACAGACCGGCACUACGAGGACCUCUGUUGCUGCCCUUCUUGGCCGGUUUUACGUCGCUGAGUGAGCUCGAUCUCUCUUUGGAUAAGUCCGAAAUCGGUGGAAGCAGCAGUUCCCUGUUAUUCAUAGACGACAAAAUUCUCCAACAUUUUUUCGCUUGUUUCUCCUCGAAUUUCCGGAAUUUACAAUCAUUGAGGAUCAAUUACUGGCGCAUAAGUUUGGAGGACAGCGAACGAACGAUGCGACAAAUAUCGAAAAAUUUGAAACUCUGCAACUUGAGCUUCCUCAAAGCGAACGGUUUGAUAGUUACCGACAGCGCUAAGAAAAUUCAAAUGGAACACGUUUUUCUGCAAACUGUUUUAGCGAAUUUACAUAACUUGACCUGGCUCUGUCUCGACGGGGUUAAAUUAACGGAGAGUCAAGCUAGCAGCGUCGGCAAGUGCAUAAGAGACCGUUACCCGGGCACCGGUCUUGAAAUAAGCGCUAAAGACAUUCACGUUAAAUCAAUCAAAUCUCUCGUAUCAGCGAUCGAGGACGCUGGUAGAGCGGAAGUCGUUUAUACCGGCGGCUCCAGUUGCCGACUGAAAAUAACGAAGGUUCAAAAAAAUGGCAAACCCAAGAAAAAAUGAAUCGAGCCCCGCGGAAAUUGGAAAGAUAAAAAUGACAAAAAAGGUUUGAGCAAAAAGAAUAUAAUCGGAAAGUCAUGAUGGCUCGAUUUUUUACGAACAGAAAUAAACAGGAUUUGAAAGUCCUGACGAUUAAUUGCUCCCUCGGUAAAUCAAGUUUGCCGAAUUUCGAGCGGCCCCCUCGAGGCGGCUAUUUCAAGACGAUUUUUUAAGAAGUCUCGUCAGAAUUUUCCACGAUUAAAAUAGAGAAAAAAGAAACGUUUUUCAUCGCCGUCUUAAAUCGUCCAAUUUUUUCAUUCACUCGUUUAUUAAAUUUCGCAUCUUAACCCGAAGGCAUUGUACCAAAAUAUGAGGAGAAAAGGGACACAAGCAAUAAUCAGGUCUCGCGAUGAAUCAUGCGUCAUCGUCAUCGAACUUCGUGAUUGCUUCCAUUUUUCUAAAUCGAAGGGGAGAGAUUUCGAUCCGUCGCUGGACGAUUUAAAAUAUUUAGUGAAAGGUCGAUGAACUUACCGAGGAAUUCGUCGUCUCUGUUCAUUGGCAUAAUAAUUGAGAAGUUUAUCUCGCAAACAUGUGACCAAGACACACCCACGAAUAAUACUCGAAAAGAGGCUGUUGCAAAUAUAGAGGUACGUAUUGUUGUCAAAUUGAUAUGUAAAUGAUGCGAUUUGAAUUAAAAUGAGACGCGGCAGGUAAAGAAAAAGAGAAAGAGAGAGAGAAAGAGAGAGAGAGAGAGAGAGAGAAAGAUAUUAAUAUAUGAAUAUUAUUACAAUUAUUAUUAUGAUUAACAUUAUUAUUAUUGUAUCGAGAUUCACGAGAAUAAUGAAUGAUUCGUAGAGUGAAAGAAUCACAUUUUGAAAAAAGCUGUGUUGGCGUUGUUGCGGAUUUGAAAAUUUUAUUGUAUGCGCGCAGAUAAAUGAAUUAUUUAGUGAUUAGCACAAAUUUCUCCAGUGAGUUAUCAGAUGAAGAGGUUAUUUCAAAUAGAAACAGAGAGAUUUAUACUUUUCGGUGGUAAAGAAGAUGAAAAUUCAUUAGAUAUUUCGACGAUUUAUUUCGUUAACCAGAAUUCAAGCAGCUCUCUGUACGUUUUAGAAUAUCGAAGGUGAAAAUGAGAAUAUUUAAGAGAACAAAUAAGAUAGCCAUUGGCGAUAGAACAGAAGUAAAAUGUCCGCGAGGUUUUAUUGUAUAAAAGAAGAAGAAGAAAAAAUAUAUAUUAUUGAGUACCUUAUAAAAUCGACUGCCAAACAAAAUGCAUUAUAAAAUAGAUUUUCUUUCAUCGAAUAUCGCCAAAACGAUAUAUCAACACUAAUAAAAUCGUUGAAUUUAGUGUUUAAGAUGGUUCAAUAAUGUUUCUAUUAUGCAUAAAAACACACAAAAAGCUUACUGAAAUAUCGUAUCGAGCUGCACAUACGACGAUUUCGCAAACUCGUCCAAAACGUCUGAACUUUUCUUUGACUUUUCGUCACGCGCUUAUUUCCAAUGGAUGUAUGGGAGAAUAAAGAAAAAUAUCUGCGUUCGUACCCUCAGUAAUUUAUACCGAGUUUCUAAAAUAUAUAGAAACUUCCAAUAUUUAAAAAAUUCAGCUUUUUUCGAAUGCAACGUAUUAGAAACCCUUUGAACUAAUCACCGUUUCAGCUAAAAAUAAUAAAAAAAAUAUAAAAGUUUUAGUAAAAUAACAAAAUCGAUAAAUUUGCCUGAAUUUUCAUUUUAUCGAUAAUUUUUCAAACAACGAGAACACUUUUCAACGCAUGCAUGUUGUAACUGCGCCUCCUGUACAUCCUCAAAGACCAAGGAAAAAGAACGUUUGCGAUAUCUCCAUAUCUUAACGAGAGAAUACUAACGACGAUGACAAGAGAAUAUUUCGGCAUCUGUCAAACAACAAAUCUACGACGUUGAUGUAAUUAAGAGAAGAAAAAUAAACGAUUGAAUUCGCUGUUGGCGAAGUAGGUCGAAAUAAAAGAAAUAAUGUAAUGUGGAUUCAAACGUUGUUCCGAACGACUGAACGCUCGGGCACUGAGAUUUUUCGAUUUACGGGUGUUCGUCGAAUUUUUUUAUAUUUGAUAGUUUGCUAUGUAAAUAGAGAGUGUCGAUUUAAAAGCGUAAUCAAACACAAGAUCCAAUUGCGAAAAUAAAGAUUGCAAUCUAUUAUAAAUAUAUAAAUAUAUCAAUGAAAAUACAAAAAAUAUAUAUAUACAUACACGAUGUAUGGACAUUUGAUGUACGAGGAGUAUCAAUGUUUGCGAAAUAAAAAACAAGAGAGAGAGAAAGAAAAAAAACUAAAUCAGAAAUUUAGGAAAAAUCGCGCCAGCCAAUCUUCACACGAAUGAAACUCGAGAUACUACCACUUAGGAGCGUUUUUCGCCUCGAGUGCUUUUAUCAUAAAAUAUUUAUGUAUUUAUAUGUGUGCACAUAUCCUCGAAAUAAAUGUAAUAUGUGUUUGAA